CCUUUGCUCCACGGACCUCCUGCGCUACAAGCCCGUCCUGAUAAUCCAGGGCGUCAGUCAGGUGGUCAUCUGGAACAUUCUCCUCCUGGGCAACACGCUCCUUCAAAUGCAGUUCAUGGAGUUCUUCUACGGCAUCACCAUGGCCUGCCGCGUGGCCUACUCCUCCUACAUCUUCUCCCUGGUCAACCCGGCCCUCUACCAGCGAGUGGCAAGCUACUCCCGCUCAUCUGUCCUCUUCGGGGUUUUCACCAGCUCCGUCUUGGGCCAGCUGUGCUUAUCUCUGGGCAACAUCGACUUCUACACUCUCAACAGCAUCUCUCUGGGUUUCGUCAGCUUCGGCCUGCUGCUCUCGUUGUGUCUGCCGUGGCCUAAACGCUCCUUGUUUUUCAACCGGGCGAAGAACCAGGAGCAAAGGGAGCUCGCACCGGUAGCCACCAAGUCAGAACUGGACAAAAUGAAUCCAAAAGACGGGGCCGCAUCUCCUGCAGCCGCCCAGUGCUCGGCAUCGCGCUGGAAGGAUUCUGUUUUUGUGCAGAUGCUGCUGGAGGUGAAAAACGUGGUGACAAGGCCCAACCUGAAGCUCUGGUGCCUGUGGUGGGUGUUCAACUCGGCAGGGUAUUACCUGGUCCUCUUCAACGUCCACAUCCUGUGGAACCACGUCUACCCAGCCACAGAAAACAAGAACAUUUACAACGGCGGAGUGGAGGCGGCUUCUACGUUUCUCAGCGCGAUCAUUUCCUUCAUCGCGGGCUUCGUCAAAAUCCGAUGGAACGUCUGGUCAGAGCUCGUCAUCGCGAUCAUCACGGCGGUCCAGGCGGGUCUGCUGCUCCUCAUGAAAACCACGGACAACAUCUGGGUCUGCUACGUUUCCUACAUCAUCUUCAGAUGCUUCUACCAGUUCCUGGUGCCUAUUGCCACUUUCCAGAUCGCCUCGUCUCUCACCAGGGAGCUCUGCGCCUUGGUGUUUGGCAUCAACACUUUCUUGGCGACGAUACUGAAGACCAUCAUCAGCCUGAUAUUUUUAGAUAAGAGGGGCCUCGGGCUGAGCGUGAAAAAUCAGUUCCUGGUAUACUUCGUUUACUUCACCAUUCUCACCGCCGCCUACUUCGUCGGCGCCGCCGUGGUCAUCACCCGUCACUACCGCCACUCCUCUGGAAACCAUUCCAGAGGAGGAGGCGGAAACAGCGGUCAGGCCACGCCCACAAACCUCCACGCCGUCAGUAAACUCAGAACCUUCGUCUAAAAGCGUCAAAGCGCAGUAAGCUGGUGUUGCCUUAAACCGUUCUCUAGGAACAUCUUGUAUUACGUAGAGUCCAGGUUUUUGCGAGUAAGCUGUUCAGACUAAACGUUUUAAUGUUCAGUGUUGGCCUUAAUCUCACAACUGCCUCAUCCUCUGGUCUAAAAGGUCGUCCACUACUCGAGUGGCGCAAUGAGAUAUUUUAGUAUGUCAGAGGAUCUUAUUUACCAGUCAGCACAAACAUCUGAAAUACAGAGCCGGACUUUGAAUGUGCAGACACUCCUUUUGUACCGAAUGUUACAAUUACACUGCCAACAAAAUGACCACGUGAGUAUGAUUACUCUUUAAUGACGUUAGAUGAUGUCACAUUUAUACACCAGUGUUUUAAAGUCAGAUUAUGAACGUCUGCAGCUGAUCUUCUACUACUACAGUAGACUUGUUCAUACAGUGUUUAAAAUGAUGUUAUGAUUGCUGUAAAAGCUCUUAUGUAUUAGGACACUAUUAAUAAUCAGAUACAUAGGAACAGGGUUUAUGCGGAAAUUGUGUUUCUAGACGUUUCUACGCAGAUAAAUGUGUAGUCUUAGUAUUUUCAUCUGUAUUUGUAAUAUUUUCUGGCUGAUUUUUUUUAUAAACAACCAACCAGCAAGAGGAAGAAGCAGUUUUCACAUGCACAGGCACUGGUCCUGUACUGCACAUAAGAAGUGUUACUAUGGAAAAACACACGGCCAUAACAGAGUAGGCCUUUCAGCAACAGGUUCUUCAGGAUGUAUAGAUGUUUGUUUUUAUUUUGAUUGAAAUAAUUCUUGAGAAAUGACUGUGAAACUGUGUGAAUGCUGUGAGAGAGAAAAAAAAAAACUUAUCAGGUGUAAUUUUUUUAAUUCAUAAAUAAAUCAAUUUUGGUGGA